AUGGAUCAGGUUAUUUGUGCAUUAUUGGAGAUGCAGGAGAUCCCAACAGCACGGCUGAUGAAGAUGAUGAAUCUUGUUUUCGACCUACGUGGCAAGAGUUAUGAAGUCCAGCAUCUCGGCCUGGUGCUGCAGUCGAUCGCUGAAAGACUCGACGUUGACCAAGAACCUCCACCAUUGUUUAUGCGUGUCACGUUGCAGCUAGCUCAAAACGAAGCGGUCAUGGCUAAGUUCAUCACCACGGAAGUUGUAUCGAAGCUGCUGCGUAACUCGUCCAUAUGGGAGGUCAACAGCAACUGGAAAGGGUUCAGAAUGACCGUGUUGAGUCUAUUGAAGGCAUUUGGUGAGGAUGAGCAGUGUCGGGCUCUACUCUGUCAAGAAUUGUGCACUUCGGUCAGUGAGGGGUACCUCCCGGGAGAAAAGCUGAGGGAGAAUGUCGGCAUCAGAGUCGACACUACACUGUCGGUUGUCGCCCAACUCCGCGCGGAUAUUUCUGAAGACAGAUCUACUGCUUGCCCCCUUGUUCUUGCCUUCAAUGCGAGGUAUGCUCCUUCGCCCCCUCCAACUGUGGAUGACGCUUCAGUGGUGAUACUGUCACUGCAAGCUGCCAACGAUACGCAAACUGCAUGCCUUGUGGUUGACUUUCGAAGAGGUUUUGCGACUCAUUCGGACCGAUCUCAGGGUUAUGGAAACUCCCAAGAUGGUCUACUUGGUGUUUUGCCGUGCCGUAUGGUGGCGCAUACGUUCCAAUGCGUAUCUGCUAUUCAUUUGGUUGAGGUUGAACUUACUCUGAAUGCUUCCAAGCUGAUGUUACUGUUCCGUAGCGAACACGGUAUAGUGGUAGAGCAUAAGCUGCGGCUUGAACAGUCUAUAUGCGCUGCCGACAGUGUGUGCUCAUUAUCGUGUUCAUCAGAACGGUUGAACGUGGUGCUUUCGUCUUUCGCUUCUGGGUCACAUGCUUCGACUGCGGCGGCAGCCACUUACGUGUCGGUAUCGCAUCGUGAUGGCGCUGAUGAACUUAGAUUCUCAUCUGAGCGGGACGAUGCUCAAGCGGUUAAUGAUGAUGUCGAAGGUCACCACCUCCAUGUGGGUGUGAAGGAGUCUAUGCUCCCGAUCGGCCAGCUGUCUGCAUCUAACAUACCGCCCGGCGACAUCUCCUUCUCGGUCUCCCUCACAGAGUUGCUCGCUCUAGUGGGCGCUUUCUUAUCUGAAGGGACUCUCAAGGGGAAGAGCGGCCCGUUGCAGAUCUUCAUCGCCCCUGAGAUAGCCCUGUCGGUGAAAUGCCGUGGACCGAGUGGCAUCGACUAUGGUUCGUUCAAUGUGACUCUGGUCCAGAGUACAGCGAAUGGCGAACAGCUUGACCUCGAGCCAAGGGACCAUCAGUCUUUGGGGCGUCCCUUCCGCCCCCGAGCAGAAGUGCCGAUAGCGAACCGAAGGAGCUCGGGCAGCCGCCAGCGACCGGUUACGAGAGUGUCAGCGCCUGAGGCUGAUACCAUAGGUGGCUCUCAAAUGGCGUAUGAGCUUCCGGAUCCUGAGAAUCGCAUUGAGGUGGCGAGUACUCCGGUGUCGAGGCGUGGACAGUUGAGUAGAGCAGUGGAGACGAAAGUGGAAGAAGACGGGGCUGCUGAGCCUUCACAAAGUGUUCCAACUCAGCAACGGCCCACUGAAGAGCUUGAUGAUUUGAGGCGGCUACUCUACGGGGCGGAAGACGACGUUGAGCAGCAGCCGAGGGCUGAUGUGGAUACUGAGCAAGAGAGUUGGGCAGAUCUGUUACGAGCAAUUUCUCAGGAGGGCGGCGAUGAAGAAAGCCAAGGAAUGCGUGGGCAUGAUGUAUUCAACUUUGAUCAGAUGUGGUAA